AUGUUUUCAUUCCCCUACAUUGAAGGUCUGAAGUGGCAUGCUGUACGGAGAAUGUCCCCAGUUUUCUUUCAUACAGAUAAAGAUAAAUAGAAGUUUAAAUGCAGAGUCUCUGGAUGCAAUCUCGGAGUCAUCGGAAACCGACCCCCCUUGGACUGAUACCAUACCAAGUACUUUUUGUUCAAUUCACACGUUGAAGGCAAGUUCACUUCAUGAGGUGACAAAUGAGAAAGAUAUGUGAUUUAUUAUCCAAUGAACAGUAAGAAAGAGGCUUCUACAAUCUCUGGAUCAUGAACUAAUACAGAUUCAUGAUGGCAGUAGAUCAGUGGACAGGAACAUGGUAAGGUUUCAGAAGCCAUUCUGGAGUUUUGCUCGCCUGUAGCGGCAUAGGCGAGCAAAAUGUCGUCUCUUCUUUGCCUAAAGCAAGACGGUGGAAGUGUACACGUUCAUGACAAUGACGUGAUCCGGGAAUUAGCUGUGGACAGUCAGGAUCACACUAUGACUGCCAUAAUGAACAAAAUAGAAACGAAAGGACGAAAGUCAAGACAGGGUGCAGAAACCACAAAUGGAGAUACAGGGAUGGACUCCCAGAGUCUGAUUGGACAGACGAUGAGGGUACAGGACUGGCUAAAUGAGAAAACAGUGAAAGGACUACAGGAAUUGAAAUCUAAAAACAGAUCUGUCUCCUCGGCAAAGAACAGUUUGUGUGGUGAAGGGGAGAAAUCAGAUAUAGAGACCAGAGAAGCUCGCAAGCUGUACGAACCUCUCCUGCAGACUGAGGACACUUUUGUCAAGAACCUGGAAGAAUACAUCACUUACAAAGAUGUCAUGGAACAGAGGAAGAAGGAGAUGCUCCAUAAGAAAUGGAAUGACCGGGUAUUUGAGCCCCUCAGAAAGAAUAUUAUUGAUGCUAUGGACAGUGACGAUUGGCCAGAACUUGACCGGCGGAAAAGGGAACUCCACAAACAGUACCUGGAGUUUACCAAUCAAAAGGGACAUGUGUUUUUGGACACAAUGGAUCCAGAGGAGUACUACGCCCAGGCACUGAAUGGCCACCGUCCUGCACCCAUCAAGCAUGCAUGUGCUAAAUGGGACAAGCGGAUAGCAGCAGCCAAGAAACACUUUGACCACCAACAUUACAAGGUGUCUACCGCUGCGCUGAGGGAUCCAUUGUUGUCUCAGGGGAGACAACGCAGUGCUGAGGACAGGACUAUCCUUCGCUGUAUCACUGGCUAUAGUUAUACAGACAAGGACCUUGAACAAGUCAAGUUACCUCCCUUGCCUCUGGUGCCACUUGGUCGUCAUGGCACAGAUAGCCUCAAGUGGCUAGAAAUGCCACUGCACAACAUCGAAAGUACACCUCGCAUGGCCAGCAGGCGUCGAAUGCGAGGCACAUUUAACACAAGUAACUUAGACUAUAGAGCCUGGGAAGAUACACCCCAGGACAACUACCAACGCUACAAGGAAAUGCAGAUACAGAGGAAACGAAUAUUCCAGGAAACUCCACCUUUUGAGAAACCCAAAAAGAAUGUGCGCAUAAUACCCCCAAAUCCUCCCAGCCAAGAGCUAAUGUGUGAGUUCAAAGAGCCACAUCCUCCGCUACAGCCACACCCACCUGUGACAGCACCUCCAGAAACGUUGGCUGUCAAAGCCGUACAAUUCACUGACAGUGUACCAAUGGCUGUGGAGUCCUCUUAAUGUUGUGUGAUAAGGUCCUGUUAUACAUACCAUGUAAAGCAUUUAUUGUACCCAAACAUUCCACAAGCGAUCACAAUUAAAUUGUACAGACCCGUUAUCGUUAACUGUUAUGAGUGAUAUUUUUGUAGCCAGUACUAGCACCUUGUGAAGAUCUACCAAACUAUCUGUGCCUAUAGUGCUGUUCCUCUUGUUUGUUUUGUCCACACUGAAUCCCUCACAAGUAGAAGCUACAGAAGGACUUAAUUGUCUUUAUAGUGUCAAAGUGAUGAUGCAUUUUGAUGACAGUAUUCUUAAUUAUUUUUUUUGCUUUAUAUAAGUAACUUGGCAUGUAAAUAAUUUUAAGAUUGUUACCAGUAAAUUUGGGAAUGAAAACAAAUUACAAACUUAAAUUCAAAUUAUUUCUGAUACUCAAAAAUAUAUAUGAUUAGAAAGGUUCUCAUACACAGCUUUGAAGCUUUUGGGAGUUGCACAACUUAGCUGUAGAGUAGUUUAGACAGCCUCUUUGUGAGGCUGUAUGGUAGAUUAGUGCCCACAGUCUCUCGUCCAGUCUGUGGGUAGAUGUGUUGAGUGAGUUAGCACGCUGCUAUGUACUAGUCAUUACUGAACUCAACUUUCCAUCCGACCAGUCCGUCCACUGUGAUGUCGUCAGGCGACUAUCUCUGUCCACACCGCCUCACACUCGUGUCUCCUCAGUCAUUCCACUGUUAUGUCGUCAGGCGACUGUCUCUGUCCACACUGCCUCACACUCGUGUCUCCUCAGUCAUUCCACUUGUACCUCUCGUUUGUCUCCCUUAGUUACUGUUUUAAAAUUUCCUCAUUCUGUGUGUUCCUAUAUCUCCCAAUAAUACACUCAAAAUCAACUUUAUGAUAUUGAAUAUUUACUUUUCUCAAAUCUCGAGUGAUUCAGGAUGUUAAUGUAUAGUGCAUACAGGUAUAUAAAUUAUUUUAUAAUUAUAAAAAAAAUGUCCAUCCAUUAUGUUAAUGUUUUGUUUGUUUUCCUUUUGGAUUUUAACUUAUUAAUGUUUACAUUGACCAUAGUCACAAAUUUGCUCACGUGCUAGGUAUUAUUAUACCAGUUUUACAGCAUUAGAAUUCACUGUCCAAUUAUGUUACUACGUCUAACAAUAUAACCCAAAAUACAUAUCUGUGUGAUAAAUGUUCCAGUGUUAGAAUUCACUGUCCAAUUAUGUUACUACGUCUAACCAUAUAACCCAAAAUACAUAUCUGUGUGAUAAAUGUUCCAGUGUUAGAAUUCACUGUCCAAUUAUGUUACUACGUCUAACCAUAUAACCCAAAAUACAUAUCUGUGUGAUAAAUGUUCGAGUGAAAAUCCCGUCUUGUUAAAACUGUACGACUUUCUUUUCUUAAAUCAAAGUUUGUGUAUGAUAAUGAAAUGGUAGUAUUAUAUAAUAAAGGGGUUGGAUGAGAAGAUCGUCCCGUGUUUAUAUGUCCUUAUGAUCUAGAAAUGUACUGUAACCGUGAGGAGGCAUUGUUGCGAUCUGGUUUUAUACCCUAGCACUUUCAGCAGUCCACCUACAAAGUCCUUGUCCAUGGAUAUAGAUUCACCAGAAACUGACCGGGACAUGCUAGUAGACAGGAGAUAUUGUUUCCUUAAGUUAACCAUCAAUUGGUGCAUAAUACAAUUAUGUCCUAGUAAUUUAUGGCUAAACAGGUUUUAGUUGAUAGAUAAUGAAGCAUUACGUGGUGUGAUAGAGCCAUGUUGAAUACUAGUACUAAGUGUUUCACAGUAGCUGGGGAGUUGUUAAUGUUUUCAAAUUCUAUGUUUUGAAUUUUUUUCUGUGUUUUGAUUUAUGUUGAAAGUGUGUAUAGUUCUGACCUAGCCACUCGAGGAUAACCAUCCUUGAUGCUAUUGUAUAACCGAGAUCAUUUGUAAUUACAUUUUUUUAAAUUUCUAUCCGUUUUUCUGAUGAAUCUCGCUGUGUGACAGUAUCGCCUUGCAUAACAGCUUCCUGGAUUUUUUCUCUAUAAUUGUAUGUUUUGAGUGAUGUUCCAUUGAGAUCCUCGUAUUUUAAUGUUGACCACCAAUGAGGGAGUAGAAUUGCUGUAGGGGCGUUAUCAAUGUUAGAAAUCUAUGCAUUGCUGUUACUUGUCUUGAGCAUCUGUGAUACAUGUAUUAUUGACUAGCUUGUUGCUGGUUGAUUAUUUUAUGGUAAAUAAAAAAUUAAAAACUC